AUGGAACAGGAAAACUGUACCAAGGUGGCAGAGUUCAUUCUCCUUGGAUUAUCAGACACUCCAGAGCUGAAAGUCUUCCUCUUCCUGCUCUUUCUUCUGAUCUAUGGAGUCACUGUAUUGGGCAACACAGGCAUGAUUGUGGUGAUUCAAGCCAACUCUCAGCUUCACACCCCCAUGUACUUUUUCCUCAGCCACUUGUCCUUUGUGGACUUAUGUUAUUCUACUGUCAUUGUGCCUAAGAUGCUGGACAAUAUCUUAAACAAGGACAAAGCCAUUUCCUUUCUGGGAUGCACCGUGCAGUUCUAUUUGUUUUGCACGUGCGUUGUCACUGAAGUGAUCUUGCUGGCUGUGAUGGCCUAUGACCGCUUCGUGGCCAUCUGUAACCCUUUACUGUAUAUGGUAAUCAUGUCCCAAAAGCUCUGUGUCCAGCUAGUGUCUGGUUGCUACCUGUGUGGAACAGUGUGUUCUCUGAUCCAUUUGUGUUUAGCUCUUGAGAUUUCAUCCUAUCAGUCCAAUGUGAUCAACCACUUCUUCUGCGACCUACCACCUCUCUUAUCUCUUGCCUGCUCUGAUGUUUCUGUGAAUGAACUGCUACUCUACAUAGUGGCCACAUUCAAUGAGGUCAGCACCAUUGUGGUCAUCCUCACCUCCUACCUGUUUAUUCUCAUCACCAUCCUGAGGAUGCGGUCUGCUGAGGGUAGACGCAAAGCCUUCUCCACAUGUGCCUCUCAUCUCACAGCCAUUGUCGUCUUCCAUGGAACAAUCCUUUUUAUUUAUUGUCGGCCCAGCUCAGGCAACAGCACAGACACAGAUAAGGUAGCCACAGUGUUCUACACUGUAGUGAUUCCCAUGCUGAACCCUCUGAUCUAUAGCCUGAGGAACAAGGAUGUAAAAGAAGCUCUUAGGAAGAUGUUAGGCCCCAAAAUAAUUUCCUAG